CAGUGACAGUUGCUUGAUAGAUAUUUCAAAAGUUUGGAAAUUCAAUCAGUAGUGAAUUGACCGGCUUUCCGAAUACUUCGGAGGAAACAUCAUCAGUAAAGAAAGCAUGUCGUGGAGCGUGGUUUUAUUGUUAACAGCAAUUUGCAGUUCAACACUGGCUGCAAAUGUUCUGUACAUAGAUGGAGUGCCAUCGCCAAGUCACUUCAUUUGGCAUAAAGCGUUGAUAAAUGGACUGGCUGCCAAAGGACAUAAUGUUACGGCGUUAAGUGUCGAUGUUGAAGAAAGUUCUUUACCAAAUUUAUCAUACAUCAAAUUAGAAGGUGUUUAUGAAGGUCUACAUGAGGAAAUGGAACUAGGCAGCGAGCUGUUUGAAAUGGGAGAAAUGAAUCCAUUUACAUCUUUAGCCAUGUUCAAUCAAUACGUGAUGCUGGGCUGUGAACUAACACUAAAUGCGAAAGGUCUAAGGCAAUUGUUAGACUACCCAAGUGAGUUCAAAUUCGAUGUGAUAAUUAGCGACUAUCUGAAUGGGCCAUGCUUGUCUGCCGUUACACAACACAAAUUUGGAAGACCUCCAUAUAUUGGAGCAACAGCUUUCAACGGACUGUCGACGACGAGCAUGUUAUCCGGCGCCUAUUCUUAUUCAGGAUCAGUCCCGGAUUAUGCGUUGGAUAUGCCUCACAGCAUGAGUUACCGUCAGCGUUUUACAAACUUUUUGUAUAAUCACUAUGUAGAGCUUUUCAGAACUUACGAGACGUACCCAAAAGUAGACAAAAUAGUGCGCAAAGUAGUUCCAGAUAUUCCGUACGUUGGGGAACUUGACAGAGAUGCUCGCAUUAUCCUGUUGAACUCAGACCCAGCAAUUCAGUAUACAGAACCAUCGGUGCCAAAUGUUAUCUCAGUAGGUGGAAUGCAGAUUGUUAAGCCCAAAGAGCUACCGGAAGAUCUUAAGAAGAUCGUAGAAGCUGCAAAAAAUGGUGUGAUUCUAUUCUCGCUCGGUACCAAUAUCCGCAGCGAUUUACUGGGUGAUGAGAGAAUAAUCGAAAUCCUGAACGCUAUGGGCCAAUUCCCAGAAUAUCAAUUUCUGUGGAAGUUUGAAUCCGAUGCCAUGCCAAUUGAAGUGCCAAAGAACGUGUACAUAAGAAAGUGGAUGCCUCAAAAUGAUUUGCUUGCCCAUCCCAAUAUUAAACUUUUCAUCACACACAGCGGUCUCCUCAGUACCCAGGAUGCUGUUUGGCACGGAGUGCCGAUCAUCGGCUUCCCUGUAUUCGCUGACCAAUUCCAAAACAUAAAUUACUGCAUCGCGCAAGGUGCGGGAAAAAGGCUGUCUAUUAAAAAUGUGAAGAGUAGCGAGCUUGCCGGUGCUAUUAGGGAAGUGAUGACAAACGAAAGCUAUCGCGAGAACAUGUCUCUCCUCUCGAAGGUCUUCCGAGAUCAGAAAGAGUCACCGUUGGAGCGUGCCAUCUGGUGGGUGGAGUGGGUUCUUCGUAAUCCAACGUCGCAAGUUCUGCAAUCGAAUGCGGUUCGAUUAGAUUGGUCCGUAAAGUAUUCCUUUGACGUUAUGGUGCCGCUGGUGCUGGCAGGUCUCAUAGUAUUGCUAGCUCCAGUGAAGAUUAUGGUGCUGGUGCUGCGUCGAAAAGCAAGACAGCAAAAGAAAACUAAACGUGAAUAAACUUGAAAUAUAACGCA